AUGGCGCCCGCUGCGCUCCAGAAGUCCAAGAGGCAGUCGGUCGUGGGUGUCGCGCCGUGGUGGUCGUCCCCGGCCAUAUACCUCACAGUCGGCAUCCUGCUGGGCGUUUUGGGCAGCCGCCUGAUUGUGACAGUACAUGUCCUCAACGACCACCCGCCAGGGGCAGCCUCACGCCCCAACAGAGGCAAGGGGGCGCCUGUGAUACUUGGGAGAGGCCCCGGCGGCAGCGGCAGCGGCGGCGGCGGCGGCGCAGCGGACGACGUGUUGGCAGGGAUACCAAGCAUUGGCGCAGGCGCGGAUGCGCGCGGCGGCAGCGGCGUUUCGACCGGCAGCAGCAGUAGUAGUACCAGCGAAAGCAGUAGUAGCGGCAACAAAAUCGGCAGCAGCAGCAUGAGUAGUCCCCGCAUUCCCGUCGCCGCCAACGGCACCGCCGAGACUAAUGGCACCGCCGGGACCAUCAAUGGCGGCCGCGGCGCCAAGCGGCGCGCAUACGUCUUUUACGCGGCAGCGAUCAACUACAUGUGCUCCGCCCUGGUCAACAUCAAGCGCCUCAAGGACCUGCAGGCGGACCCCUCGAUAGAGAUCGUCAUCAUCCUGCCAGACAACUUCACGCCCGAGCUGCGCCACGAGGCGGCCGCGAGGCGGCUGGGGGUGCGGCUGUUCAGGGCGCCGUCGCUGAUAGGGCCGACGCUGGGCGGGUACUACCAGGACUGCAUGGCCAAGCUCUACGUCUUCAACAUGACCGAAUACGAGCGGGCUGUAGAUGUGCUGUAG